AUGCGCGCGCCAGCGGGUGCGACACUGGCGGAAGCGUUCGCGACAGCAGGAGGGGCGGCGGCGUCGCCUGCUGACGUGUCAAUCAAGAACGGGGUCACGGGAGUCGCGGAGACCCUACUGGCAGCUGACGGGUCCCGCUUUUUACGGCUAACUUCCGAUUUUUCCGCCUCGUCUAGCAGCAAUAGUAGUAGCGAGGAUACUACUAGCGCGUUUGGCGGCGCAGGCGUGGCGCAAGCCCUGUGCGAACUCAAAACCGCGGCGCCGACCAGCAACGCGUCGCAGCAGGCGCAGCAGCAGCAGUCCCCGCGCCAGCUGUCGCUCUCGUUCUUCGCGCGCGCCAGCCUGUGCGCGGAGGGGGAAAGGGGCGCGGAAGGAGAAGCGGAGCGGCUGUUGAAGGUGCUGCUGCUGGCAGUUCCGCUGAACGCUUCUGCCGCUGCCGCAGCAGGGGGAGGGGCAGCAGGUGUGGGAGGGGCGGGGGGAGGAGGAGCGGGGGAGCAGGUGUGGGGGGAGUGGCGGGUGGGCGUGCCGUGGAGUGGCGUUGCAUUUGGUGAUUCGAGCCGUGCAAGGCAGCAGCAGCAGCAGCAGCAGCAGCAGCAGCAGCAGCAGCAGCAGCAGCAGCAGCAGCGCCACCGUCGCCACCGUCAGCGCUGUUGUCACCGCCACCAGCCACGCUUUGGUCGCACGAGAGCAGCAGUAGCAGGGGCAGCAGCAGCAGGGGCAGCAGCAGCAACAGCAGCAGCAGCACCCGUAGUGCAAGCAGUUGGUGGGGUAGCAGCAGCUGGUGCGGAGUCUGUAGCCCACACUGCGGCAGCGGCAGCAGAGGGUGUGGGAGCAAGGCCAGGAGCAGCCUCGUUCACUGUUGCUGCGAGUACGGGAAGGGGAGCAGGAGCAGGAGCGAAGGUGGGAGUGAAGAGAGAGGGAGUGGCGUCGGAAUCUGGGACCACUGCUAUAGACCUUGCGUCUAUCAUGCCCAGUAGCAGUAAGUGCGGAGCGGACAGACGGUUGGCGAGAGUGGGCGUGGCGUUGGAAGUGGGGAGCACGGCUAUCGACCUCCUUGCGUCUGUCAUCCUCACUCGCACCGACCCCUCCCCUCUCAAGUCCUUCUCACACUGGCCGCUCUCCAGCUCGCACCCGCUCCUCACAGCUGGCUCAGCGCGCCGCAACCGCUCCUCCCUCUCCCUCACCACCCUCUCCGACCUCCACUCUGCUGCUCUCGCGCUGCACCCCGCCCCCUUUGCCCUGCUCGCCCCCGCCACACCCUCCUCCCCCUGCCGCCCCUUCUCCUUCACCACCUCCUUCCCCUUCCGCAUCUCCUCCCCCAACGCCGCCGGGCUGGGCGGCGAGGGCUUGGCGUUUGUGAUGCUGCCGUCUCCUACGCUCGGCCUGCCGGGGCCCUCCCUGGGGUAUGGCCGCCUGCUGCUGCCACCGGGGAGUACGACUGGUGCUGAUAAUUCUGGCUCCACCGGUGCAGAGUCAUCUCAGCACAGGAGCCUGGCAGUGGAGUUUGACACAUCCUCUUCUCCCGAGUUCUGGGACCGCCCCGACCACCACGUGGGGGUGAACCUGCACGGCAGCAUGCUCUCUCUCGCCUCUGCCCCCGUGCACCCCCUCGGCAUUCCCUCCCUCAACGCCGGCCAGACCCUCCUCGCCACCAUCCAGUACAACGCCUCCUCCUCCCACCUCACCGUCUGGCUCUCCCCUACCCCCUCCUCCUCCCGUUCCCGCACACCCGAUCGCUACUCCCCUCGCUUUCCUGGUUUCCCUGGCUUCCCUCGGUCAUCUCGCUCCUCCUCCUCCUCCCCCUCCUCUCGCUCCUCCCCAUCCGCCGCCUCCUCCUCCUCUUCCCCCCCUCUCCCGCGCUCUGCUGUGCUCUCCAUGUUCCUGGACACCUGCGAGUGGCUCGGCGGGAACGACCCAGAUGUGGAGGCACCCCCCCCGCCGCUGUUUGUGGGAUUCACAGCGGCCACGGGCAAGGGGGCGGAGCAGGCUCAGGCACACGAGGUGCUGGGGUGGCGGUUCCAAGUGGGGGAGGCGGCGGAGGAUCGGCUUUCGUUUUGGGCGGCAGACUCGUUCUCCUUCCCCUACAUCACGCCAGCCACUCCCCUGCUGACACGUGGCAGCACCAGGAAGCGAUUCUUCGCUGCUGACCUCUCCGUCGCUGCUGCUGACGUGGCAUCUACCACCGACCAAUCAAACGAACCCUCUCCCGGAGCCAUCUACUUCCCUCGCCACAUCGACCCCUGCAAGGCCUCUCCGGUGCUCCCUUGUGACACUUCACAU